AUGAAUGAGGAGUCAAUUGCUAGUAUUGCGAAGUCGCUGUCUAUUCCUGAUGCUCUACCAAGUCAAAACUUUUACUCUUUGCUAACCGCCUUCUCCAUUUUCUUGCAAACUAAGCCAAGUGCUCGAGGAGGCCGUCUUGCUAAGGCUACUGCUGUGGGCUAUAUGUCCCAAGUUGUGAACCUGCUCCGAGAGCGGUACCCUCUGUACUUGUCAGACAGCAAGCGAAUUGCGAAAAUACGCGACAAAAUGGGUUCAACUAUUGAGGAGCGAAAUUUGCUAGCUGGCAGCUUACAUGACGCUGCUGUACUAACGUUAAUGUGGCACACGUUUGGUCGAGCGAUCGAUACCUGUUUUGCUAGGAAGAGCCAGCUAUCUAUGGCGGCAUCGGGGGAGCUCUUUCUGCAUCUAGCUCGAAUCAAGACUUCGGUGGUUCAAGGCAUCUCAAUUUACAAGGCCGCGACUCACUGGGAGCAGUGUAUGCUGCACGGCCUCGGAAUGCUGUUCGUCGGAGCGUCGGAGCCUUCCAGCUAUGUGUUCCCGCUAGUGCCGCACGCGGCGGCAUCGGAUUUGCCAGGGGAGAAGACCUACAGCCAAGACGAAGCUAUACUCUACUGGGAGAACCUUGAAGAGAAAGCUGAACCAAGGAACGAGCCACCAACAAAGCGCGCCUCUGCCCCGCUGCCCCCGACGCUCACCGCAGGGCUGAGCAGCCACUCCUUGCGCCGCGGCUCCGCAGCGUAUGCAAACGCCUCACCGCAGCUUGCGAUCCAGUGGAUCUCGACCCGGGGAGCUUGGCUGCUAGACUCGCUCACGAAGGCGUUCGCGUACGUGGGUACCACGACACGCGAGGACCAGAGUGUCGGCAAAGUCCUCGCUGGAUACCGAGACCCGCACCUGCCAUGCGUCACGCCCACGAUUGCCACCUUGAACGAGCUUCUUCCUGCGCUCGAGUACGCCCAGCUGCUAACCCUGCGCGGCCAGCUCUUCAAGAACGUCAGCGGCUUCACGGACACCACGCUCAACGUUGACGCCUUAGUCCUGGAUGCGGCGCUCGCGUCCCUGCUCAUCCAUCUUGACGACGUCGCGACGGCAGUCCAGCAGGAGCAGGCUGCCACAGGCUUCACAUUGCAUUACCUGUACCGCUUCACGAAGCUCUGGACGCAACCAACGUAG